AACUGUUAUUGUAUGUGUGGUAUCGUACAGAAAACUUUUUCAGACGGAGUAAAAUUUGUGAAUAUAAUUUUAAUUAAAAAAUAGAUUUUUUUAUAAAUGAAAUGUUAAAAAUGUAUGUAAAACUCGAAUUGUGAUCGAAUACCAAUAAUAUCAAUAAAAUCAAUUAAUGCAUAUGGAUGGAUGAAAAUCUACUGCUACUGGAAAAAAACUUCAGGAAAUUUUGUUCUCCUUAAGAAAAAGAUUGCUAACGAUAAGUCAAAAUGAAGGAAUAAGAAAAUGAAUUUAGUUAUAUGUUUAAAACGGUAAAUAGUAAAGAAAAACACGUAUCAACAAUAGUUUUUUUUAAAAAGAUAAGACUAUAGCAAUGGUUGUUGGUUCAAAUCAUGGUCGCCGUGGAGAGAAUGGUGGUAAAUGCGGGAAUUCUACGUCAACAGUAGCCUCAUCAGCAGUAGUGAGUACGAAGUCACAGUCUGUAUCAACAAACGGUGCCUCGAGUGGACAUAACAGCCAGCAAAAUGAUUUAUCGAAUGGCUAUUUCGCAAGUUAUUCCGGCAGUAUAUCCGCGGGUAACAUUGUGGGACGGUUAUCUACAAAUGGGAUGACACCUAAAGAACUUUCCGAAAAUGAUGACUUAGCAACAUCGUUAAUACUAGAUCCGCAUUUAGGGUUUCAGUCGCAUAAAAUGAACAUACGUUAUCGUCCAUUAAAGGUUGACAGAGCUCAGUUAAAAUCAAUAGUUGAUGAAUUUAUACAAACACAAAGCUACGAUGUAGCUGUGCGGAAAGUGUUCAGCGGGCCAUGGAUACCUCGAAGCUACAAAAAUAAGAGUAAAAUAUUGUUGAAGCGAUUACACGAUCAUAUAUUACGUUAUUUGCGAGUUUUUGAUAAAGACAGUGGGUUCGUUAUAGAAGCUUGUUAUCGCUAUUCAUUGGAAGGGCAGAAAGGUGCAAAAAUCAGUUCAACCAAACGCUGGGCAAAAAACGAUAAAAUUGAAUGUUUGGUCGGCUGUAUAGCUGAGUUAACGGAUGUGGAAGAGAAGGCUUUGUUACAUCAGGGCAAAAAUGAUUUUUCUGUGAUGUUUAGUUGCCGUAAAAACUGUGCCCAACUUUGGUUAGGACCAGCUGCCUACAUUAAUCACGACUGCAGAGCAAAUUGCAAAUUUGUUGCUACAGGCAGGGACACUGCUUGCGUUAAAGUAUUGCGUGAUAUUGAGGUAGGCGAGGAGAUAACAUGUUUUUAUGGAGAGGAUUUCUUUGGCGAUGGUAACUGUUAUUGUGAGUGUGAAACUUGUGAGCGGAGGGGCACUGGCGCUUUCGCUGGUAAGCGUUCAAAUGGUUUCAUAGGAGGGGAUUCUGCAAUGGCAAUAGGAUUGAAUGGUUCAUGUGUUGUUGGUGUUAAUCCGCAUGAUCCAACAGCUAACAGCGGAUAUCGAUUAAGAGAGACUGAUAAUCGGAUUAAUCGUAUAAAGAGUCGCACUAAUUCAACUAAUUCCACUCCUGCCGAUUAUAAUGGUUGCCACAGCUCGGAUGCCAGCAAUUCAAGCUCUUCUUCUAGUAAUUGUAAAAAGCCUGCGGGGAACUGCAUGUCGUUAGCAGAAGACGAGAAUGAAAACAGCAACAAGAAAUCACCGGCGGUCGUUGUAACUCCACUCACAAUGAAAGAAUUGCGACAAAAGGGCAUGACAAAAUAUGAUGCUGAAAUGGUGAUGGCAAACACUUACCCACAUCGUCAUAAUCAUAGCACGCAAUCAAUAUCCACGGAAAUAAGUAAUGAUAUAUUAACGCAAAAUUCAAAUGAUGUAACUAAUAUCAAAUUAACGAGCCAAGCCGUGCUUAGUAUAAAUCAUGAAAACCUUAGGAAAUCAUCACGCGUUAAUAGCACCAGUAGCACUAUUUCAUCAGCAUCAACCGAGGAUUUUUCUAGCAUCGCAUCGCGUGCGUCAACAAAAAACACAGCCGAUGAGCCAAAAAUGAGUGCGGCCAUUAUUGUACACACAAAACCACAAAGACGUAAAGUCCAUAAAUCUGACUCUAGCCUAAAAGCACUUGCGUCAGUAAGGAGUACAGGUAGACAAACACGAUCAAGUGCGGUGGUGAACACAAAUGAAGAUGCUAUGGAAACUGAUUCUGAUGUAGAACAAAAUGGUGAUGAUCAACAUUUAUAUGACAUUGAUGAAUUAGAAGAAGAUAAUGAAGCAGAACCGAACAGAAAUCAUCUUCAAGAUAUACAAUCAUAUAAAAAUUGCCUACACAAUGUACACCAAAACACAGCUACAGAUCAUUCCGCUAGUGUAUCAAAUCUAAUAGCUACUGAUGAAAAUAGUCUGAAACUAGCCAACACGAAUACACAACAAUAUCGAAUAACUCGAAACGGUGUACUGCGCACAGCAGUCAAUACUACAGAGCGCGUGCUGCGUAACCAACAGAGCGCGGUGAUAGCUAACGUAGCGGAUUCCGAGGACAAAAUAACUGCCGCAACAACAAGGAAUUCUAAUAAUAGCAAUAGUAAAUAUAGUAAAAAUAUGAAUGUAAAGGGAACACAUGGGACAGGUGAAAUUAAUUUAUCGCCUGGUAAACGUAGUAAGACAGUAUCAAUGCAACAACAGUAUCAUCAGUCAUCGCACCCACUAACGCCAGAAACCGACUUAAGCUUAACACAUCAUAUAGGAAGCAGUGGGGGUAGUAGUAUGGGCAGUAAUAUUAGCGCUUUAAGCCAAUGCAGUAGUACUCUUAGCAACAGUAUCAGCAGUAGUAAUAGCAGGCAGAAUGGUAAUUCAAGUUACAGGAAAAACUUGAUUGAAUCUUUUGACGAAGUUGCCAAAAAUACAAAAACGCAUAUGUGCAAGGAAGCGGCACCUGAAAGUGAAAAUGUUUAUAAUAAUUAUCAAAGUACAACACAGCGAUUGACUCGCAAUGUGAGGCGUGCUUCUAACUCACAAGAUGCGGCUUUGGAAAAUUCUACAGUUCAUCAUAAGCGGAUACAUACGAAUAAAGAAGACAACUGUAAGGAGUUGGCAAAUGCACUUUCACAUGUUCAUGCUGUAGAGCCGCUAUUGAAAACACCUGAACGUCGUUUGAAACUGACGCUGCGUAUGAAACGAUCCCCUGUAUUGGAUGAAGUUAUUGAGUCUGGUACAAGUCUUAGCGAUGAAAGUAAUAGUUAUCAUAGUUCGAGUCGUGGUUCAACACAUUCCGAGCCAGUCGAGUAUGAAAUAUUACGAAUGGAAGGCAUUUCAGAAAAUGGUAAUGAAUUGGAUACACUGCCACUAAAACGUAAAAAACGACAUAAAUCGAAGGAACGCCAUCAUCACCAUCAUCGUAGACAUAGACGACAAACACCAGCUACAGAAUCAGAAGCUACCACUGAAUUCCAACAUCAACCAGCAAAAGCAAACACAAUGCUGACACCACAAAAGAAACGUUUACGUUUAAUAUUUGGUAAUGAGACGCAUACAAUUGACAUUCCGCCAACCACAGCUGAGGCACAAGAUGAUUCUUUUACUUCAUCAAGUAACACAUCAAGUAAUUCGCUAACGAAUAUUUCAAUGGUAACAACUACAGAAGCAGCCGAAUCACCGCAAUCAAAUACAAGUUCAAACUCCAACUCCAACUCGAACUCCUCAACUUCAUCAUUUGCCUCGGGAUGCACAUCAAAUUCAUUUAUUUUACCACAUAUGGAUGAAGCGGAAGCUGCCACAGUCACACCAUUGAAUAUAACCGCAUUUACAAAUGCAAGUGCUGCUGCUUCAGUGUCUGCAACUGUUUGUACUGCUACUGCCACUGCUGCCGUUGCAACUGCUUUGCACAAACCUUUCCAAAAUCAUCAUAAUCAUCAAAUCAAUCAAAUGCUACAGUACGGUAGUAGCUUAAGUAGUCAAAGGUCUACAAUUAUCAAUUGCAUUUCAUCAUCCAAUACGCCAACAAUCACACCCACUCCACAUAUUUUUCUUUCACAAACUAUGCCAAAGCACACAUUCGGCUCAUGUGCGCUACUAGCGCCCUCGUUCGGUCGAAAUAUAACUUCAAGCAUACCUAAUACCACAGCUAGUUUAAAUCAUACAAGUGUUAAGAAAACGACUGAUCUCAUAACAAAUUGACUUUGUUAUUUGCUGUUGGUUACCUCCAAAUUGUGGCGUUCUCUUUUUUCAUUAUUACUAUUGUCCAGUCUUGGUUUCCUCUCCAAUCUAAAUAAAUUGAGAAUUUUGGGAUUUGCUUUUGCACAUACCCCGCAGUUACAUACUUCCGUAGAAGAAGACUUAAAGACUUAAAGAAUUGCACACAAUGAAGCGAAAGGAGUUAUAGAGCUGUGUAUAAUUAAUAUAUAAAAUAAUUGUAGAAACUGUUGAGGUGUAUUAUUGAUUAAUAAUAUGGAGUGUUAUUGAUAAUAGUGAUGUGACUUGAUCUAUAUAUAUUGGAGCAACGCAACUAGUUUUUUUUAUUUAAAAUAGAUUUUAAAACGACCAUUGUAUGAAAUGAAUAGUAUUGUUUUUGUCUUAACCCAAAGAGAUCUGUGGGUCUUGUCAGUGCUGGCACUUCAUCGUUUGUAUAGACUAAAGACUCUUGGAAUUGUAUGAAUUUGUGUGUGUCUUCUUUUUGUAAUAUCCCGAGAAAACAUUGUUUGUUGUCUUUCGACUGUAUUAGUGUGUGCUUGCAGAUCUGGCUAAGUAAUAUCCAAAUUUGCCACAUAUUUCUUUAAUGGCAUGCUUUUGCGACUUUUGAUGUACAUUUAUGUUGAUUUUUAUUGUGGAAAGACUGAUGAUGAGGUAUUUUUGUAAUCCGUUACGUAAAUUAGUGUGUUGGGAUUGAAGAGCGACUCUUGAACUCCUGUGUCAUGAUGAGUGACUGGAACUGAUGAUAAAUUUUUGCUCUGUUAACACAGUGAUAAGAGUAGCUAGGAAUUUAAAUCAGUUUUUAAAUUAAAUCUCUCUAAGUGGUUCAUGAAAUCAAAAG